AAUGACUUAAAACCGUCAUUUGGUUUACAUCAUGGUUCUAUCAUAUGAUAUAUGAUUCAUAGAUUUGUCUAAAAAUGUCAUAUACGCAGAAUACAACGAACGAAGAGUCGUUAAGCGAGACCAAGCUACAUAUAAAAUUAACAAAUAAAGGAAUGCUCAUUUACGGUGGAUGGAGCAACGAAAGAUUACUCAACUUGCUGAAGGACAAACUAGUGCGAUGUAAUGAUAUUAAGUCUUCAUUCGUGUGUACCGACGAUGCGUCACGCGAUAAAUCAUUACAUUUUGUUAUCCAUAGCGGAAUGUAUCCCGAAUGUAUUUUACUGGAAUUAGAAGGAAGAGGCAUGCCAUCGCGAAGUAUUGUGAAGGCCAUGAAAUUUGGUCUUCUCGGUCUUAUACCUGAGGAACUAAAAUAUUUCGAAAAUUUUGGAGCGAAAGUAGAUACGGAUACAUGGACGAAGAGACUCGACGAUAAAUUGAUUGGGAAUCUAGCUGCUACAGGAUUAACUGAAAAUCAAUGCUGGUCUAUUGUUACGUGCGGCUUGGCGUCUCAAGACGAAUGUACAUUGUACCGGCUUCUAUCGAGUGGCAUCGAUGUUCCAGGAAUUUUAGACUGGCAGGGAAAAGUUAAGUCAGCUUCAUCGACAAUAAUACGUUUUUUGAAAAGUCUUGGCAUGGACGAGGGCACUUGCAAUUAUGUAAAAGAGAACGGUGUCGACGAAGAAGCGGAAGAUAUUCUAAUUGAUCUUGGAUACAACGAAUACAAAGAAAAAGAAGCUUUAGAUUUAGUAACUGAGGAAAUAUUAUGCGAAUGUAGUUUAACUAUAUUAGAAUCACGCUCCAUUUUUUCGGAAGAAAAAUCGACUGACGCUGCGUCCAAUAAUUUAUCGAAGACAUCUUGUGAUCUAAGUAAAACAGCAUUUUCAAGUAUUUACACUGCAACAAGUACACAGUAUGCCAAGUGUACUUGUUAUUUGAAUUUAUUGCCAAAAGAACGAAAUAGUAAAGUUCUGAAGAGAAACGAUUAUUUGAGACAAUAUGUGAUGGUGCCACUAUCAUGGGCGCUUAGUAGAGCUUUGAGGUAUCAUCCGACGGAUCCUAUACAUUACAUAGCCUAUCAACUGUUACGUUGGAAGUAUGGAAACGUUUCGCAAGAGGAAAUGCAAAGUGCUCAACAAUUUGUCGCUUCUGCUACUAUAAUAAUGGAUCAAAAACUCAUGCAAAAAUAUAAAUGCGAAGAGAAAAACGCUGUUAGACGGUUAAAUAAAACUGCCGUAAAAGAUAUGCCUUGUGAUGUGUGUUUAGAACGACAGAAAUUGCAUCGUAUUAAACAACAUUGUUGGAAAUGUAUAAGAGUGCCAAUAUCUCAAACAAACUAAAUCUGCACUUAGCGAUGCACUUAAUGGCGGAGAA